AUGAAUAAAAGGGACAAGUUUUACUUUGCGUAUUUCCUCUUACAUAUUCCCAUCACUCUUCUCAUCGACUCAUGUCUUGUGAUUCCUCGGGAGUAUCGGUUAGACAUCCAGAAUCAAUUGGCUGAUUUCCAUAUCAGCACAAAUAAGGACUUUUUGCUUGCAGACCCACCCCUUUGGCUUCAGAUUUUCGGAGUCUUUGAGCUCUUUUUCCAGUUACCCUUCUUUGCCGUCGGAGCAUGUGGCUUAUGGCAGCAGUGGCGUUCUAUCUACGUGGGAUUAACCGUAUAUGGAUUUAAUGCGUUUUUGACCACCUUGGUGUGUUUGGUUUACAUUGAGGCCGAAGGCGUUUCGAACGGGCUCAGCAACAACGAGGUCGUUUCAUUGAGUGGAAUGUACACGCCCUAUCUUCUUAUUCCAUUGGUGAUGAUGAUCGAUUGCGGCGUCAGGCUGAUGAGUUACAUCAGUGAAGCCCAGCAGGCGGAGGAAGAGGAAUUGAGUGAGAAAAAAACCAUCUAG